AACACCAAAAACCUCUUGUCGUCACCAGCCAAAAAGAUCAUUAUCGAUGUUUAUGCUAGUGUCGACUGGACUGCGGGCUUUAAGGUACAUCAUACAGAUCGCGUGACGUGGCGGGGUCUCUAGCUCUUUUAGUCUCGCCUUACUUGUCUUCACCUCCUAUCUACCCGGAGUCUGCUGCUCAUCAUAACUUUCCAAAUCACCAUCGUCAGAUAAUCGUCGUGUCGCUGGCCCGGAUCAGGACUGUCAUGACACCUCACAAUGGCCUCGCUAAUUGUCGUUAUAGCCCAGCUUACAGUGCUCACUCUCGCUAGUCGGAUGGUUUACCUAUGCUACUUCCAUCCUUUGGCACCCUACCCAGGCCCUUUCUGGGCCCGCUGUACGAACCUGUGGCGGUUUUUCACGUUCAUGACCGGCAGACUCCAUCUUGCCGAACAGCAACUUCAUCAAAAAUUCGGUCCUGUAGUUCGUGUUGCCCCAAAUUGGCUAUCUUUUUCGAGCUUAGAAGACUUUGACGCCAUCUAUGGAUUCAACAAAUCCGUCGAGAAGGGUGACUUCUAUGCGUUUGGGCGGAGUCCCAGCCAACGUGAAGCAAGUAUAUUUUCAACGAAGUCGGAUACCAUCCACCGCCACAAAAAAAGGAAGGUUUUAGGGCCGGCUCUUUCCAGUUCGAAAGUAGCAAGGUAUGAGCCUGUUAUCGAAGAACAUGUAGCAAUCCUUUUGGCACGAUUGGAGGCAUCACGACAACCGGCAGGGACAGCAAUUGCAACUGCAAACGUGGCUCCUUUGAUAUCUCGGUUCACCCUGGAUACAAUGCUGGAAAUCCUGUUCGGCUCGGCUAUAGCAUCAAACCCAUAUACUGAUAGUGCCGCCGCCGGUGCUAUAUGCUCGCAGCUUCGCAAGAUGACCAAGAGAGCAUGGAGUUACUCUCUCUGGCCAAUCUACGGGCGGAUUAUGAAUAGCUGGGCCAUCAAUUACUUGCUUCGCAGCCUUUUUUACAACGGAGAUGGGGCACAGACUGGGAUGACUGGGCUCGCGGCUGCCGUUCACAGGGCAAUCAUGCGGGAUCCCCAACAUGCUAUGCAAUCUCCAAAGCCUGGAAUCGUGAAAAGCUGGCUCGAAGUCCCUGUUGACGACGUAAAUCGUAUGAGACAGCCCGAGGUCCUAGCUGAAGCUAUGAAUAUGGUCUUCGCAGGUCCCGGGAGCAUGGCGGCCGCUCUCACGGCUAUUGUAUACCAUUUGGGUUCGGAAGAAGGACAGGUCUGGCAGGAUAAAAUUCGCAGGAAAGGAGCAGUCUCGAGUCAGAGUAUAACGGCUGCCACAAUCCCCCUCGAGCUACAGGCCGUGAUGAAAGAGGCGAUGCGUUUUCAAGGAGUCUUUCCAACAGCAUUUCCUCGAGUGAUCAUGUCGAGUGCUGAACGUGUCAUUCCCAGCCUGUCAACACCGCUACCGGUCGGCACUACAGUGUCUGCGAAUACCUAUGUCUUGAGUCGGUCGCGAGAGAUCUGGGGAGACGAUGCUGAUCAAUGGAUUCCGGAGCGAUGGAUUGGAGAUGCUGAACACAGGCGGCAGAUGGAAACAAAGUUCGUAGCCUUUAGCAAGGGUCCGCGAGGCUGCGUUGGGAAGGACCUGGCACUGAUUGUACUGGCCAAAGCGGUGAUGGGACUCAUCCUACAAUGGCAGAUCAGAAGCGUAGGAAGUCUGCGGGGAAAGAGCUGGCUGGAAAUGCAGUAUGACGACUGUUGGCUAGAACUCAGACGAUUGUCCACAGCGCCGUAGAUGGCUGCCGAUGAUGACUCGGUCGGCGCGUCGGGAUCCCUUUCUGGAAGGUCGGGGUCCCUUUCUGGAACCGACAAUGUCCACACCAUGGCAUUCUGUCGGACUGGGCUCUCUAAUGACCAACUCAGUUGGUUAGGAUCGCCUUGAAAGCUUCGUUGUCAAGAUUUUCUGCCUGAGUCACGGGGUCCCACAUAUGGCUAUUUAUAUGGAGCAUAUCGCUCUUGCUCCGUGCCGAUCAUCUUCAGUCGAUCGAUCCCAUAUUUCACCUCCUAAGCAAAAUUUAGCUCCGAAUCAUUUCACAAAGACAAAGGAUUGUGAAAAAGAUUUUAACUUUUCUGAACUGGUC